UCUUGCAGGAUGGAGCAAGAGGCUUCCCAGCUAGAGAAGAAACACGUGCACAGUGUCUACGAAAGCACAGCCGCCUGCUUCAAUGACCUGCAGAGUAAAGCAUGGCCUCGGGUUCGACAGUUUCUACUGGAACAACAGCCAGGAAGCAUCAUAGCCGACAUAGGUUGUGGGACUGGGAAGUAUCUCGGUGUCAACAGCCAGGUAUAUAAUCUGGGGUGUGAUUACUGUGGCCCUUUGGUAGAGAUUGCAAGAAAUAAUGGCUAUGAAGUGAUGGUCUGUGACAACCUUAAUCUUCCUUUUCGGGGCCAGUGCUUUAACGCAGUCAUCUCUGUUGGAGUGAUUCACCAUUUCUCCACUAAACAAAGACGAAUCAAAGCAAUAAAAGAGAUGGCCAGAGUGCUGGUACCCGGAGGCCAGAUGAUGAUAUAUGUCUGGGCUAUGGAGCAAAAGACUCGGCGUUUUGAGAAACAAGAUGUGUUUGUUCCAUGGAACAGGGCCUUGUGCUCCCAGCUCCUUUCUGAACACAAUCCGGCUGAGCUUAGGCGUGAUCUUGCACAUACUGUAAAACGGGAAACUCUGCACUCGCAGCGGCUAAUAGACUCUGAAUAUGGCUACCCUCUUGCCCUUGAUCAGAAACAUCCUCACAGGACUGAGGGCUGCUUAGCUGAAGCUUGUUGUGUGAAAAUGUCUGAUGAGGAAGAAAACCGAUUUUACAGUGUCCUGGGAAGAUCUUUUCGCGCGUGGUUCUCCUCCAGAUCUUUAGACGAGUCGACAUUGCAGAAGCCAAAUGGGAAGAUGGAGCCUUUGAAAAACACAGUUGGGUGGAUGAACCGCACGGUAUCAGUCCAGCCCUUGAGGCACUGCAGUUUAGAUUUAGGUUGUCAAGGAGCUCUGCUGAAAGGGCCAAGGUUAGAUGACUACAAUGAAAUGUUUAUGAAGCAUGUCACUUGCAAAAAAAUGGAAUGGUUGAAGGCCUCUAGGUCGUUGAGGGACUUCAAUGGCGAGCCACCUGCAUUAGUUCGAAAUAAGAAUGGAGAAACCUUAUUUCUGCGUGGUCCUGUAGAAAAGUUAAGCAACGGCUACAUUUAUCAAGGAAGUGGUCAUCCUCUUUCCGGCAAACAUUUUAAAAGGACAUCCUCUAUGGGCUCCAGUGAAUCUAUUGUGGAUACUGCUGUAGCCCUGGAAGACCAGACCGCGCACAGACUGGACACAGAAGCCUUCAUGCGCUAUUACCAUGUUUUUCGGGAAGGGGAACUGUGCUCUCUGUUGGAAGAAAGUGUACCUGAGGUUCACAUCCUAAGUUCAAGCUAUGAUCAUGGAAAUUGGUGUAUUAUUGUUGAGAAAAGAGAUGUGCCACAACAAAUAUAACUGGGGGGGGGGCAGUACCCCAAGAGCUUCUGACUCUAAAUUCUGUGGAAUUUUAGAGAAUUUUUUUGUCUGUCACUCAUUUUAUGUGCAUCUGUAUGAUCUGUGUAUUGUGAAAAGAGGUACUUGACAUUUGGCGGAAACAUCGGCUUUUACAAACAUAA